UGACUAAAAAUAAGGAGAAAACCUUUACUCCUGUGUGUCCACAGAGCAAGCAGAGCUGCUCGCUGUCGGACCGGGACACGGGAGAGGAGGACUCGGACCCUCUGGAGGACUCUGAGUUCUGGAGGCUUCAAAGGCGGCUGCAGGAGGAGGCCAGAGUGGCGCUGGCAUUGGCCCGGCCCAUGGCCCGCAUGCAGGUGCAGGUGGAGAGACACAUACAGCUGCAUCGCAGGUCCCCAGUGGCCGACCUGCUUCCCCAUCUGCCUCACAUCAGUGAGAGUCUGAUGAAGAGAAACCUGAGGCCUGGAGACCUGAGAGACAUGAGCCUGGGACAGUUACAGGUCAUCACCAACGACCUGCACUCACAGAUUCAAAGUCUGAAUGAGGAGCUGGUGCAGCUGCUACUGCGGAGGGAUGAGCUUCAUGUGGAACAGGACGCCAUGCUGGUGGACGUGGAAGAUCUGACCAGGCACGCUCAGCAGAGACACGUGACAGAGAAGGCCCUUUCCAAAUGAAACAGUCCAGCCCCCAUACUCCCUGUACACAACCCAGAUCUGGGUGACUGGGUGGAUGGGUAAACAGUAUCGUCAUGCUACAUGUAGUGGCAGUUAUCACUAAAGAUGUCUAUAGCUCAGUCCUUGCACAUUUAAAACAUAGUGUGACCGUAUUCUAUUUAAUAUGAGCACCAUAAGCUUCCAUGCAUGUCUGCACUGUGGCUGAUGUUGUGCUCCUCUGUGAAGGGCCGUAGGGCUUCAGUCUAAUGUGUUGUGAUGUUUAGGAGAUACAGGUUGUUGAUGAGUGUAGAUGGGUGCGGUUGGUGAAUUCAACUCGCAGUGAACAAAAGGGCUCCAUCCCCAUUCAGUAUGCUGAAGUCUGUUGUCUAUCUAUUGUCAGACAUGGUGACUUUAAUUCUUUGCCUGGUAUUCUGUAUAAUGGGAAUAGGGCAAAGUGUUAUGGGCAAAAGGGUGUUAAAAUAUACAUGUCCAAUGCCAUUUAGAAUGUCAAUGUAAACAGUGUCAAUAUACAAACUUUCUGCCAGGUGGAGCAAUAUUGUUUGAUAUCCAGCACUUAGUAAAUUGCCUAAUUGCUUAAAGAUAUCCUUACAAACUGCAAGUAUUGCUUUUAAAUUCCUUAUAUUUAUAUUUAUUUAUUUUGUCAUUGAGCGAGAUACCAUUAAUUCAUAUUUCAGAUUCAGCAAAUAAAGGCUUUUUGUGCAAACUAUACAGAGA